GUUAUUCUCAUUUUAUCCUGGUGGGUCAACGCCAUCUAUGGAGAAACGACUUCCCUCUCCGCAUCUACCCCUCUCUCCGCCUGUCUCCCGCCACCGACACUAUCUCCCUCGUCUCUACUUCUCGCUCUCUCUGAAGAAUCCACAGAAGACGUCGAAUCAGGUGUGGAAUAGCUUUGCAUGUCAGGGAGCUCUUCUCCUCUUCCGUCGUGGUGUCUGCAUGAAGGAGAAGAUGGCGGUGCGAUGGCCGAUCUGAUGGCGGACGGCUAGAGCUAGGCGGUGGCGGCUGCUAUUUUGAGAGGAUUGGUGGCGAAUGCUGUGAUGUGAGGUUAGGGUUUGGAGAGGAUGGGGUUGGCUAUGGGCUAGAGAGUUUCAGUGGGCUGGGUUUCAGUGUGGGCUGGGUUUCAAUGGGC